AUGGAACAUUUCACCAAAACUCUUCUCUUCAUUGCCUCCAUCUCUUGCAUCCUCGUACACACAAACGCUGUUCCCACAACUCGAACCCCACAGGCUCGGGUGUGGGCCCUAUGUAAGCCCACAACGAACCCAGUCCUUUGUUACAAAACCAUAUUACCACGUGCCUUUGGUAAAUUCAACAUUUACAAGGCCCUCGAGGUUGAGGUCAUAGCCACACAGAACCAGGUUAAGAGAACCUCUUCUCUCAUUGCUUUGUUGCUUGCGAAACAAAGUCUCUCAAAAAGCUUGAGAGAAUCACUCACCACGUGCCAGGAACAAUACAGCAACAUGAUUGACGACAUCGAUAUCACCAUUAAGGAAGUUGCGAGACGUAACGUUGUGGAGGCACGCUUCAAGUUCAGUGCUGUUUUGUCAUAUCAAGCUUCUUGCAACGAUGAAUUCAUUGAUGGACCUUCACCGAUUGCGAAUGAAGCGCAGGGAGUGUACGACCUUGGUGGAAAUUCCUUGGAUCUCAUGAAAGCCAUUGAAGAUAGAGAGGCUCGUCGUGAAAGCAAAAAGCAUUCAAAACCAUCAUCAUCAUCAUCAUCAUCGCCUGCAGUACCAAACCCAUGCAAGGGUGUUAUUGGAAUUUGCGGUUAA